GGCCGAAUCAAAAGUCGGUAGAUAAAACAGUGUAAUCGCCAUCGGGCAACCAGUUGUUUACCAAGCGUAAACGCAGGCGGAGAUUAGUGGGACGGGAAAAUCGGGAAGACAACACACACACACAAAUCCAGAAAUGGCACUCAAGUUCGCUGCGAAUCUAAAUUUUCUGUUCACGGAGCGGGCGGCGACGAUCGCGGAACGGAUCCGGCUGGCCCACCAGAGCGGAUUCCGGGCCGUCGAGAUCCCCUAUCCGGAGGGCGAGACCGGCGACGUGGUGGCCGCCGUCAAGGACACGGGCAUGGUGGUCAGCCUGGUCAACCUGGCCUUCGACAAGAGCGACGACCAGCUGCGCUUCGGCUCCACCAGUGUUCCCGGCUCAGAGCAGCUGUUCAGCCGCCAAUUGGACGCCACCAUCGAGUUCGCCCGCGAUGUGGGCUGCGGCAAGAUUCACCUGACCGCCGGGCUCCAGAAGGGCGACCGCCUGGAGAGCGACUAUACGAAGACGUACACCGCCAACCUGAAAAUGGCCGCCGACAGGUUAAGGGCCAGCCAGAUGAUUGGCGUGAUAGAGCCAAUCAACAAGUACGCCGUGCCCGGCUACUAUAUGAACUCGUACUCCAAGGCCGCCGGAGUACUGGCCGAUGUGGCGGCGGACAACAUCCGGCUGCUGGCCGACAUCUAUCACCUGCAGCAUCUGCAUGGCAACGUCUCCAAGACGCUCGACGAGCACAAGUCCCUCAUCGGCCACUUCCAGAUCGCCCAGGUGCCGCAUCGCCACGAACCGGACGUUUCCGGGGAGCUCGACUACGGCUAUGUCCUCAAGCUGCUCCAGCAGUUCGGCUACGACGGUUGGGUGGGCUGCGAGUACAAGCCCCAGACGACGACGGUCGAUGGUCUGGGCUGGGUAGCCAAGCUGGGCUACACACUAUAACCUGAUCAAAGGAUACUACGGACUUGCAUUGCAUUUACACUCAUGUAUUUACACUUUUUACAAACAUAAAGCCGCCGGUUGAACCAA